AUGUUAGCGAGCUGCUUUUUCACCGGCAGUCAGGCACAGUCUCCACUGACCCAGAAUGUGACAGCGGUUGAAGGAGGAACUGCAACAUUGACCUGCAAGGUGGACCAAAAUGACAACACCUCCCUCCAGUGGUCAAAUCCAGCUCAGCAGACCCUUUAUUUUGAUGAUAAGAAAGCUCUGAGGGAUAAUCGGAUUGAGCUGGUCCGGUCUUCAUGGCACGAGCUGAGCAUUAACAUCAGUGAUGUCACACUGUCAGAUGAAGGGCAGUACACGUGUUCCCUGUUCACUAUGCCUGUGAAGACUGCCAAAGCCUUUCUCAUAGUACUGGGUGUCCCUCAGACCCCUGUAAUAAGUGGUUUCAAAGGACCAGUCAAUGAAGGGGCCUUGGUGGAACUGACUUGUACCACGAUUGGUAGUAAACCAGCUGCUAACAUCCGAUGGUUCAAAGGUGAUAAGGAGAUUCGAGAUGUGCCCUCGACAAAAGAGCCGGACUCCAAAGGGAAGACCUUCACAGUGAGCAGUACACUGGGACUUCAGGUGGAUCGGAAUGAUGAUGGUGUCAUUGUGAGCUGCACUGUGGACCAUGAGUCCCUAAGAUCAUCACCACAAGUGGCCAAGCAAGUUCUUGACAUUCAAUAUGUACCUUCGGUGAAGAUUGACUUCUCCAGGAACUUUGCACGAGAAGGUGAUGAAUUGAGGCUAGAGUGUCGUGCUACUGGGAAUCCAACACCUGAGGCUGUGAAGUGGAAGAAGGAUGGGGCUGAGCUACCUGACCCUGACAGGAUGGUGGUGGAGGGAAAUGUACUUAUCAUCAGUGCCCUGAAUAAAACCGACAAUGGCACGUAUUACUGUGAGGCCGCAAACACCAUGGGUCACAACAGCGCCGAGUAUAUCCUCUUUGUAUAUGAUGCUCCCAUCUCUCCGUCUCCCACUAUCAACGCCCCUUUCUCUCCCUCCACUAGAACAAUCACAACCCCCGUUACCAUAGCAACCAGCACCACCAAACUGACCGCAGUCUCCAGGGCCCGAGGUACACCCACAUCCCUCACCAGCCCGGCACAAGAUCCAAGUGCCCUGGCUGGACAGUCAGGACCUGAUCACGCUGUCAUAGGUGGAGUGGUGGCUGUUGUCGUCUUCAUCACCCUCUGUUUGAUAAUUGUCCUCGGUCGUUACCUGGCUCGGCAUAAAGGAACCUACCUGACAAACGAGGCUAAAGGAGCUGAGGAUGCACCAGACGCAGACACAGCGAUCAUCAACGCAGAGGGAAGCCAAGCCAAUGCAGAGGAUAAGAAGGAAUAUUUCAUCUGAAAAUCCAUCCAUUACUCAAAGAUCCAUUCAACUGCUCUUAGAAACUGGCUAUCAACAGGACUUAUUCAAUUAGCAAUCCAUG